AUGUACUCCUUUUCUAUUUUACUUGUAAUACUUUUAGGUUUAAGUACUUACGAAAUUAAUACGCAGAAACAAAUAAUUGAAGCAUUUAGAAUAUUUGACCAAACCAGACAGAUCACGCAGCUUGAAGGUAUAUUGGGCAGGAUGCAGCUAAGGAGUCCCUGCGGCAGUCAAUCCAAAUCCUACAUCAAAGUAGAAUUCAGCUCCGAGAUUCUCCUCAGAGGGAGGAUGACUUUUGUCUGUACUUUGGCAAUCUUUAUGUUUGAGUACAAGUGUAUUCUAAUACGAAGUUUCUUUAGGAACAUUGAAAUCAUUGUGAGAGCCCUGGGACGUGUUCCAAGGAAGGCAGAGAUCCGAAAUUUUAUUAAGGAGGUUGAAGAACGAGAUUCAAAAGGCUUCGUGAAACUACAGACAUUGUUACCUGCACUGACAGAUAUUCUUUUGAAAGACAAAUGGAAACCGGCUCCUAAAGAACGACUGUUGCAAGCAUUUCAAUUCUUUGAUAUAAAAGAAAGCGGUUGUAUAGAUCCGGACCAUAUGAAAAUGUUACUGACUGAACAUGGUGACAAAUUGGAUGAAAAAGAGGCUGAAAGUUUCCUUACAUUAGCCAUUGACCCUUUCAAGGAAAAAAUCGAUUACACGAAAUGCUACAGAAAAUUUGCUGUUCCGGAAGUAGUUGACAUUUUGGAGGACAAGAAAAAAAUUAUGAAAGAAAUACAAGAUAAAUUGCCGCAGAAAUGACUAUGUUUAUUUUCAAAUACAUAAAAAUAGAUGCAUAAAUCUGUAAUAUCUGUGUAUGAAUAAACAAAUGUUAUAGCUUUAAAAA